UCUUGACGAGCUCAAAUAUCUAAGCAAAUCUGUCAACCCGAAAUGGCUACAGUCAGGGAUAGCACUGUUGGCGAUUCCUGUCACUGAUUUGUUCAAUAAUGGUAUAUUGUCGUUACCAAAUCAACUCUUGUUACAUAUUUACGGUCUUUUAGAGGUUGAAUCGCGUGAAGAAGCAUGGAAUUCCAUGGGAGCUCGCCUCAAACAGCUCAAAGAGUUUGAUCAUCGGGAUGAAUACAUUACUAUAGUGUACAGCAAUCUUGUCUCAGCCGGUCAGGCUCACGAAGCAUGCCAAGAAGAAGCAAGUUCCGAAAAGGCGGUCGAGGAACUGAAGAAAUGGUACAAACAAGAUUCUUCUACAAGCGAUCCCUCUCUUGCAUCGACCGAGGAUCUUGAACGCUUUCUAUUACCUUUGGCUGGUGGGUCCAACACCCAUGUAUAUCUGCCAUUUCUCAAGGACUACCAGAGCGAAAAUACCGUAAAAACUCUCUUCGAACCGCAUCAACAGUAUAGUGAAAAUGCCAAAGAAUUUGUUCGUCAAUAUUGCAAUAUAAACUGGUCAGUGAGUCUCUUUUGCUUUCAGUUCUCUUCGAGCAAGUUUAUUGCCGAAAAUCACGAGCAAUACCUCUUAGAGGCGACACAUCGAUUCAUGAAACCCACCGAAUAUGUCGAUUUUGCAACCGGAGGGAAGAGUUCUACGAUAAUCUUUGGCACCGACUUAGUCUCGCCGGCUAUAAAGGUGGCCAUCUCCUUGAUGUCUAAGAGACAUAUGAAUAGAUUGCCCACCAAAGCCAAAUCACUUCAGCUCGAACGCCGAUUGAAGCCGCAGUCUACCUUCAAGAAGGCUCUCAAGCCAUUCUCAGACA